CACAGCACCAAAAAGCGUGCUCUCCGAACCCAACCUAUAUGUGCUUAUGCAAGUUGUGUGGAUAUACCAUAAAUGGUGAUUCGCGUAAGGAGGUUAAGUGACUUAAAGCGUGGUACUUUAUCCCUGGAGGGACGGUAAUCCAAAGGGCAGAGACAAAGAAGGUGUAUCUGCGUGUAUAAAAACAAAUUCUUGUCGCCUCAACAACCACUUACAGAUAUGGAUGACAAACUUCGCCAAAUGGAAGAUGAAAUGAAUAGAUUUGAAGCUGAAAUUGGGGGACAGCUUGUAACGCCAAUUGUAAGGCCAGUUAUUGGUGCGAAUACGUAUAAUCAAGUUGCUAGGCAAUUAGAACAGCAUGAACUUACUACACCAGUGGUUGCAGCGGCUGCAGCAGCAACAUUAGCAUUUCCUCCGAUGAUUGGGUUUCCACCGCCACCACCACCUCCGCCUCCUCCUCCGCCAUCGCCGAUGCUGAUCCCUCAACAAGUAACGCGGCAAGGUACAGUUCCCAUUACAACAUACUCCUCACCAGCACAAAUAAGCAAUCCAUACAUGUCAAAUAUGGUGGAUCCGUGUUUAAGUGCGACGCCAAAAACAUAUGAUUCCACGUCUGCGCCAAUGAUCCAUCCGGAAAUUAUUGAGCAAAUUAUCAAUACAAAAAUCCCUGAGGACGAGGGUAAAAAGAAGCCAAAAGUGAAAGGUGUCAGUACAGCGGCUGAAUUAGCUAUUAGCCAGGGGAAGGCGAGUUCCAUUAUGGCUAACGCUAGCGCAGAAGAGAGUCAUCCUAAGGGUAAAGGGAAGAAAAAUAAGAAAAUUAUAAGGACGGCUGGUGGACAGACCUGGGAAGAUCCUUCCCUAUUAGAUUGGGAUGAAGAUGAUUUUAGAAUAUUUUGCGGAGAUCUGGGAAACGAUGUCACUGAUGAAAUGUUGGUGAGGGUGUUUGGAAAGUAUCCCAGUUUUCAAAAGGCGAAAGUGAUCAGAGAUAAACGGACAAAUAAAACAAAAGGUUUUGGAUUUGUAUCUUUCAAGGAUCCACAGGACUUUAUCAAGGCAAUGAAGGAGAUGAAUGGAAUUCGUUUUGAGACGAGUGUUUAUCUCAGAGAAACAUUAUGUGAACGUACAAGGAAAUAUUUUUAGUAUCGCACACCCCCUCAUCUUGUGCUUACUCGAGACGCAUCAUGAUGGACAAGCGAGCGAGCGAGCGAAAGUUCGCGGGCCCGUUUAUCACUCGACGUUAAUCGUCCGCAACAAUUCGAUCUUGUCGACAAGCGAGUAUGCUGUUUAUGUUUCUUCUCUCCCACGAAAUUUCUACAAUCUCGUUGAUACUAUUUAUAUAACAUUCCUCCUAAUUUUAGCGCCACGCUACUCGUUACACAUGCGUUUGCGCGACGCGGCUCGUGACAACAAGUUUGCGAAGGAGCGAGCGAGAUGUUAUUCUCCCAUGUUACGUUCAAGCGGAAUAAAAAAAGUCGAGGUUUACCUCGGUACAUCCGCGAACGAGCAAUAGCAUUCAUGAUGAUAAUGAGAACACUUAGAAAAGAAAUAAUUAAUUUGAACACGUAAAAAUGUUUUACUUUU